AGCGCACCGCCUGGCGACAGCUCUCCAGGCUGAUAAGUGCCCUGAAAGAAGUAAGGGAUAUCCAUUCAAGGCUGAGACGCGCCAUAUCCUCAACAACCCAGAGAGCUGUAAAGUUAAAUUAAAGAAACACCAUACUGGUGAUCUAGAGCAUUAAUAACUUAGUUUAUGUUACAGCUUUAUGCGCCUUGGUGCGAUCAGGCGCGCGACAGAAGGUGAGCGCACAUGGGCGAACAUUUGUCCGUUUGAGUCAGUGACCGAAAAAUAACUGAAAAAGUUUAGCCGGCGACAGAAGACUAACGGGGGGCUAUAAUGUCAAAUUCUUCUUCCACCCCUCGUCAGGGGAACACACGGAGGUCUUCUGGUUUGGCACGUGGAAAGAGACCACCGGAUUUGGAGCUGUCGGAAACUACUUUCAGUGAGCCCGAAACAGGAACACCUGUGGGCAACGACGCGUUUUGUGAAAGGGACAAAAUGCCAGAGGACGGUUGUACUCCCAACGAUGUACCCCCUGUUCACCUCCACCCUUACUUAUCUCACCCUCGGAUGUCGGUGCGGAUGUCGGUGUACAGCACCGGGGUUCGUCCAGUCCUCACCCGAGCCUACAUCCAAGGACGCGUGUAUAACUUUCUGGAAAGGCCGUCUGGCUGGAAAUGCUUCGUGUAUCACUUCACAGUAUUUCUCAUAGUUUUGGCCUGUUUGAUCCUGAGUGUUCUCUCUACCAUCGAGCAGUACCAGGCCCUGGCUUAUACAACUCUCUUCUGGGUGGAGAUUGUCCUUGUGGUGUUCUUCGGUGUGGAAUAUUUUGUCCGCCUUUGGUCAGCAGGCUGCCGCAGUAAAUAUGUUGGCAUCUGGGGCCGGCUACGCUUUGCCAGGAAGCCAAUAUCUGUUAUAGAUCUGAUUGUAGUUGUUGCUUCAAUAAUUGUGCUGUCAGUGGGCUCCAAAGGCCAGGUCUUUGCCACCUCUGCUGUAAGAGGGAUUCGCUUUCUGCAGAUCCUGCGUAUGCUACACGUUGACCGACAGGGAGGAACAUGGCGUCUCCUUGGCUCUGUUGUCUUCAUCCAUCGGCAGGAGCUGAUCACAACCUUAUACAUUGGCUUUUUGAGCCUGAUCUUCUCCUCGUACUUUGUCUACCUGGCAGAGAAAGAUGCGGUCAACAGCAGUGGCGCCACUGAUUUUGGGAACUAUGCUGAUGCCCUGUGGUGGGGAGUGGUCACAGUGACUACUAUUGGCUAUGGUGACAAAGUGCCACAAACCUGGAUUGGAAAGACAAUUGCAUCCUGCUUCUCAGUCUUUGCCAUUUCAUUCUUCGCCCUGCCUGCAGGAAUCUUAGGCUCAGGCUUCGCCCUGAAGGUGCAGCAGAAGCAAAGACAAAAACACUUCAACAGACAGAUCCCUGCAGCUGCUUGUCUCAUUCAGACAUCGUGGAGAUGUUUUGCAGUGGAGAACUUUGAUUCUGCCACAUUCAAGAUGUUUUUGAGAAAAAGAUCAAACAUCCCUGCCUCUUCUCUAUCCACCCCCAAGAAAUCGGUGAAGGUAAGAAGGAAGUUGAAGAGCACUGACAAGGACAAUGGCCCAACUUCCCCCACAAUUCCGAGCAUCACCUUUGACUCCGUGUUCGACAGCACGAGGGAGCUGAGUUCAGAUGUUUACAGCACCGUUGGCACAGUGGGAUUCUACACUCCGGGAGGAUGUGAUCGCCAGCAGUCCUGGACGUCUUUGUCGUCUCUUCAGUUCAGCUCACAAUCUCCAGUGAAAAGAAGCCCUGGCCUUUUAGAAGUCCACUCCCACAGUGCUCUCCAGAGAAACUGCAGCUUUGCAGAUGACCUGGAGCUGGAGUCAGAGAGAGAAAAUGAACUGGCUCCAGCCACCUCAGUAUCACAACUGACAGAGUCGCACCGAAGAGCCAUCCGGGUGAUCCAGAGAAUGCGUUAUUUUGUGGCCAAGAGAAAUUUCCAGCAAGCUCGUAAACCAUAUGACGUGCGAGACGUGAUUGAACAGUAUUCCCAGGGUCACCUCAACCUCAUGGUGCGCAUCAAGGAGCUUCAGAGACGACUAGACCAGUCUUUAGGGAAGAUAACUUUGUUCCAGGCGGGUUCAGACCGAGCCAAAGACAAAGGCAACAACUCUAUUGGAUCCAGACUCAACAGGAUGGAGGACAAGAUAACACAGAUGGACCAGACUCUGAACCGCAUUGCCGAGUCCCUUGCGUAUCUGCUGGACCAGAAGAAUGCUGGUGGGAGUGAAGGUGAAGACAGGGCAAGACUACCGAUCGGACAGACCUGUAAUGUCCACCCCAGCCAGGACAGCCUGCCAACCUAUGACCAGCUAUCUUCACCCUCGUUGUCUGCCUCCUCCAAUGCUGCCGGCGCAGUGGUCUGCUCCAACCUUCCGCUGACCACUGCUGCAAGUCAAGAAGAGAGCUGCUGAAACCAUUAGAGAAAAAGUCCCAGAGUUUUUAUUCUUUUAGUAAGAUAUUUAAGACCAAUGUCUCAUCAGAGUGUUCAGAAUAUGGAGAGAGAAAAACAAUCAUUCAGAACUGCAAAAUCACUUAAGAGUUGCUAUUAGAUUUUUAUAGUUGCCUUUUUUGAGUAUUAUACUUUUAUUCAGGUUAAUGCCAAAAACCGUGCAACCUCAAUCUGCAUCCUUCCUCUGUAUCUAGUACGUACAUUUAUAUGUUGGAAUUAUAUUCAUAUGUAGUUAUUUUAUUCCUCUUGGAGGCCUUAAAUUUCUAUGUAUCACUUGAAAAUCCCAAAGCUCAAAUGAAAUGCUGU